AUGGUAACAGGGAUGGAAGCUCCUCUAGCCCCUGCUGGAUUUCCACCUCAGUUCCUCCAAGUCCUGGGCCAGGUGCAAGUGCAUCUUUAUGAUGAAGAGCAUCCACUUAUUCAGCAGAUCACCUGCAUCAUCCAAACUGGAACUUUUUAUAAAAUGACGGUGGCACAAGCAGAAGCUCAGUUACCAAGGUACCCUAGUUCUCUGAAGAUGCUGUGGUCUGGGAACAGAAAAAUUUAUAAAAGAAGAAAUCUUUUAGAGACUAGUUUUCUUACGGUAUUUCUUGGGGCUAAAACCAAAUGGUGCACCCAGAAUUUGGAGAAGGACAGACUGGAGCAUGAACAACUAAAUGAACCAGUGAAUGGAGUCAACCACUCUGCGGUGUCUGAGUUUGUUUUGCUGGGACUCUCCGAUUCCUGGGAGAUCCAGCUUCUACUUUUUUGCUUUUCAUGUAUUUUCUAUGUGUCUAGUAUGAUAGGAAACCUCCUCAUAGUGCUCACUGUGACCUCUGACCCUUACUUACACUCACCCAUGUAUUUUCUGUUAGCUAAUCUCUCUGUCAUUGACCUGAUAUUUUGCUCUACUGCAGCACCCAAGAUGAUAUAUGAUCUUUUCAGAAAGAAAAAAGUCAUCUCCUUUGGGGGCUGUAUAGCUCAGACCUCCUUCAGCCAUGCUGUUGGGGGCACUGAGAUGGUGCUGCUCAUCGCCAUGGCCUUUGACAGAUACGUCGCCAUCUGCAAGCCUCUCCACUACCUGACCCUCAUGAGCCCACGAAUGUGCAUUCUGAUUUUAGUGGUUGCCUGGACCAUUGGUCUCAUUCACUCAUUGGCCCAACUGGCUUUUGUGGUAAACUUAUCCUUCUGUGGCCCUAAUGUCUUAGACAGCUUUUACUGUGACCUCCCUCAGCUCAUCAAACUUGCUUGCACAGACACCGAUGAACUGGAGUUCAUGGUCACUGCUAAUAGUGGGCUCAUUUCUUUGGGUGCUGUCUUCUUGCUCAUCCUCUCUUACAUCUUCAUCCUGGCCACUCUUCAGAAACACUCCUCAGGUGCUUCAUUCAAGGCUCUUUCCACUCUGUCAGCUCAUAUCAUUGUGGUGGUUUUAUUCUUUGGUGCACUGAUUUUUUUCUAUUUGUGGCCCUCUCCUUCAACACAUCUGGAUAAAUUUCUAGCCAUAUUUCAUGCAGUUUUAACUCCUUUUCUCAAUCCAGUCAUCUACACACUCAGGAACAGAGAGGUGAAGAUGGCAAUGAGGAGAGUGUUCUGUCAGCUUAUGAAUUUUAGAAAAAAAUCACUAAAUGGUUUUAUCAAAACUUAA